UUAGAAUCGAUUUCGAUGGAAAUUUCGAGGUUUUCGACGUUCGAAUCGAACAUCGCAGUUGACACUACUGUGCCGAUAUAAAUUCGAGUCAAUGCCGAAGUUAACCUUGUUCUUGGCCUAGUUUGUCGGUAACGAUGCAGGGGAGCGAGCUCGAUAUUUCCAAGGGAUGAUACACUGAUAAUGGAAGAAAUUCUCGGCGCGAGGCGGUUCUGCGUUCUGCACAUACGUCUUUUUUCUCCAGUUCCGUCAAAACUGUUCCACGUUCGUUGAUCUGGUUUCGAUUAAAUGGUGCGACGUCCAGCUACGGAAAAAUGCGAUCAUCAUGUGUAAAUAUCCUGUAAUGUAAUGUUAAUUGAACGACGCAUCCAAAGAUUCCAUGGAUUGUGGGAAACGUCAAUUAUCGCGAACGGACACGAGCGUGAUUUUUUUGUGUACGUGUAGUACAUAAUUAAAGCGCAAUAAAUACGAUCACUUAAGAUUUAGGUUGUAUCCGAAAGUUCUCGUGUAAGCACUUCUCAAGACAACUUUCACGCAUUCCUACCAACACAUAUAUUUAUUGGUAGAGUUUAUCUGAAACUAAUUUGGAUUAGUUAUUCGAUCAGGCACAAAACACAUACCAAUAUCAUUCAUGCAGUUCUAUGUAGAUAUGAUAGAUAAAAGUAAAAGUUGCCGUGGGUUAGUGUAUUGGUUAAUGUUAAGGUGAAUACAUUUAAAAAUGGCAAUUGGAAGUAUUAUCUGUGGAGCCAAUACUCCCAGAAUCAAGAGAAAGAAGGCAAAGGCUACUGAACGUAGUUGGAUAGAAGCAACUUUUCAAAAAAGAGAAUGCUCAAAAUUUAUACCGAGUGCUAAGGAUGAACACAGGUUUUUGCAAGUACAGGGAGAUAAGAUUGCAGAAUAUGAUGUGAUCACCACUUCCAGAUGUUGUUGCGGCCAUUCUUAUACGCACCACUGUGGAACCGGAGCAGAUAUCAAAAGCUACACCACUAGCAAUACCAAAGAGAAAGAUCGGGAACAAUGGUCUCCUGGUAAGAACACGCGAUCGGUUCCAACCGAUGCUUACGGUACAAUUGAGUUUCAAGGUGGGCCACAUCCGACAAAAGCACAGUACGUCAGAUUAGCGCAUGAUACAAGACCGGAGCCAAUAGUGCAGCUACUAUGUAGAGAAUGGAAUUUGGGACUGCCAAAAUUACUCAUCACCGUACAUGGUGGUCGUUCCAACUUUGACUUGCAAUCCAGUCUGAAAAAAGUCUUACGAAAAGGCUUGUUAAAGGCUGCAAAGACAACCGGCGCAUGGAUAUUCACUGGAGGGACUAAUACAGGUGUUACGAGGCAAGUAGGCGAUGCACUACUUUUAGAAAAGUCCCAAAGGCAAGGACGCGUUGUGAGCAUAGGUAUAGCACCAUGGGGAAUUUUAGACAAAAGCCACGAACUCGUGAGCCGUGGAGGCGAAGUCCCGUACGAUUGUCUUUCAUCUCCGUGGUCGAAAUAUGCGGUUCUAAACAAUCGACACGCAUAUUUUUUAUUGGUGGACAACGGUACCGGCGGUCGUUACGGUGCAGAAAUCGUAUUGCGCAGGAAGCUAGAAAAAUACAUUUCGAAUUUGAAGCUGCAGCCAUACACGCACAGCAGUAUUCCCGUUGUGGCGUUGGUCAUCGAGGGAGGAACAAACACGAUACGCUCAGUUUUAGAAUACGUCACAGAUGAUCCUCCAGUACCUGUAGUAGUUUGCGAUGGUUCGGGUCGUGCAGCUGACCUUAUCGCUUUUAUGCACAAGUAUGCCUCGGAGGGAGAUGCGGAAGGGGGAGAAAGCGAGGGGCUAUUAGAGAGUAUGAGAAAACAAGUUUUGGACACAAUCGAGCGUACCUUCAAAGUCUCCUCUGAACAAGCAUGUCAACUGUAUUCCGAACUUUUGCAGUGUACGCGUAAGAAACACUUGAUAACAGUGUUCAGGAUAACGCAGGAUCGACCUCAGGAGCUCGACCAAACAAUCUUGACGGCCUUGUUCAAGUCUAAACAACUAUCCCCAGCAGAACAGUUGUCUUUAUCAUUGAUAUGGAAUAGAGUGGACAUAGCGCGCAGCGAAAUAUUCGUUUAUGGGCAGAAAUGGCCGCCGGGUGCACUGGAACAAGCGAUGAUGCAAGCAUUGCAACACGAUAGAAUCGAUUUUGUGAAGCUUCUUUUGGAGAACGGUGUCUCCAUGCGGAAGUUUUUAUCAAUACCUCGACUCGAGGAAUUGUACAAUACUAAAGAAGGUCCCACGAAUACACUUGGUUAUAUACUGCGCGAUGUGAGACCGAAUAUUCCUCGUGGUUAUAUGUACACGCUCCAUGACAUUGGCUUGGUGAUCAACAAAUUGAUGGGCGGAGCGUACCGUUCUCAGUAUACACGCAGAAGGUUUCGAGUGAUUUAUACCAAAGUAAUGAAGCGAUCGGGAGCUCAUCAGCAGCAUAUGCACCGAAACAGUUGCGCCUGGGGAAGCGCUGCUCGUUAUUAUUCAGGUUCGAGCAACAAGCAGGAAAGUUCAACGAUAAGUCUCUUGGCGGAGACCUUGCCGGCGAAUCGGGAUACUCCGCUUUUCGAUUAUCCUUUCAACGAGCUGCUGAUUUGGGCUGUUCUGACGAAACGCCAGCAAAUGGCGUUGUUGAUGUGGCAACACGGAGAAGAAGCAUUGGCGAAAGCGCUUGUAGCCCUGAAAUUGUACAAAGCCAUGGCGCACGAAGCUGCCGAGGACGACCUCGAGACAGAAAUUUACGACGAGUUGCGAAGCUGUGGAAAGGAGUUUGAAAAUAUAGCGUUGGAAUUAUUGGACUAUUGUUAUCGCCAAGACGACGAUCAAACGCAACAACUGUUAACUUCCGAGCUACAAAAUUGGUCCGGUCAGACCUGUCUCUCUUUGGCGGUUACGGCGAAUCAUCGACCACUCCUGGCGCAUCCGUGCAGUCAAAUUAUCUUGGCUGAUCUGUGGAUGGGUGGUCUUCGAACAAGAAAGAAUACAAAUCUGAAGGUUGUUCUGGGUCUCGCGUGUCCCUGGUACAUAACUUGUUUGGAAUUCAAAAGUCGCGAGGAGCUGCAACUGAUGCCGCAGACUCAGGAAGAACAUUUGAUCGCUCUCGAGGAUGAGAAAGAAGAUAGCGACUCCGAGCACGGCGUGCCAACUGGUCCAGAUGUCGAGAAACGUCAGCGCAGGAGCCUGAGCGUACGCAACAAAUCCAGCAGCCAACAAGGCGCUAAGUUAUCGACAAGGAAAACUUCUGUUUAUUCAGUAUCGGAAUCUGUACCGGCUUUGAUCAGCAACGAACACACCACCACGGUGGUGAAAGAUACAAUCGUCCAAGAAAACGGGAAAGUACUGACGGACAACGACGAUAUCAUUCAUCGUGCUUAUGGCAUUCAUUCCGACUACUAUGAUAUCAAGAAUAGCAGGCCGCUACGACUGAGGAAGAAGCUGUAUGAAUUUUAUACAGCUCCUAUAACUAAAUUUUGGGCAAAUGCUAUAGCGUACGUAAUUUUUCUGGUCUUGUUCUCUUACUCGAUCCUCAUACACAUGGAGAACCAUCCGUCAUUGGCGGAGAUUUACGCGAUCGCCUACAUUUGUACCCUUGGCUGUGAGAAAGUACGGGAAAUCGCAACGUCGGAACCAGCCACGCUCUCGCAUAAAUUCAGCGUGUGGGCGUGGAACAUGUGGAAUCCCUGUGACGCAGCUGCCAUCAUAUUUUUCCAAAUUGGCUUGGCCCUACGCUUAAGACAUUCCACCCUCGACGUCGGCCGUGUCAUUUACUGCGUCGACUGUAUUUAUUGGUACUUGCGGAUACUCAACAUUCUCGGCGUGAACAAGUAUUUCGGUCCUCUGGUUACCAUGAUGGGAAAAAUGGUGAAAAAUAUGAUAUACUUUGUGGUGUUGUUGUUGGUCGUGUUGAUGAGCUUCGGAGUAACACGGCAGGCUAUUUUGAACCCCAACGCCGAGCCGAAGUUAAAGAUCAUUCGAGACAUAUUCAUGGAGCCAUACUUUAUGUUGUACGGGGAAGUGUACGCGGACAACAUCGAUCCUGACUGCGGGGACGAGCCGGGAAUGAUACCGUGUCUUCCAGGCCGGUGGAUCACGCCUGCUGUAAUGUCGAUUUACCUGUUAAUCGCGAACAUAUUGAUGAUAAAUCUACUGAUCGCGGUCUUUAAUAAUAUUUUCAAUGAGGUAAACGCGGUGGCGCACCAAGUAUGGAUGUUCCAACGUUUUACUGUUGUCAUGGAGUACGAACAGAAACCAGUUUUACCUCCCCCGCUCAUUGUAGUUUCUCACAUAUAUCUGCUGGUGAAAUAUUUGCUGCGAUAUGUGACACAAGGGAAAGCGAGUACGGGUGAAACGUACGACAACGGGCUUAAGUUGUUCCUAGAAGCCGACGACAUGCAGCGCCUCUACGAUUUCGAAGAGGACUGCGUCGAGGGAUACUUCCGCGAGCAAGAGCUCAAACUCCAAAUGUCCACCGAGGAGCGCGUCAAGAUAACGACCGAGAGGGUAGAGAACAUGCAUCAGAAAAUAGAGGAUAUCGAUAAGAAGGAGCACACUCAGAACGCUUCGCUUCAGACUGUAGAGUUCCGCAUCCGUAAGCUGGAGGAGCUGAACGAGCAGACACUGGCGCAUCUUGGAGUGAUCCACCGGUUCAUGGCGACGCACAUGCCCAACAUCGAAACGAUAUCCAGCUUCGACUCGGAAGGUCGUCAGCGUAGAGUGUCGGAGCGAUCGGAGCGUUCGGAGGUACUGUCGGAGACUGAUUCCCACACGCAACUGCCCACCAUAACGGCGAAACGCAAGAGAUUGGUUCGAUCGCUGACCGACGGGACGUUCCUCAGCAUCGGUCCGCCGAUAGACGACGAGUUGCUGAAGCACUCGGAGAUGGCUGUAUCGCGCGAGAAUCUCAGUAGAAACGAUUCUUCCGUGAGCGGGGACGGGAACACGGCUCAGGACGACUUCAAGACGACCACGAGUCUCGAGACCGAGGUUAGCAAAGGAGACAGCGGGGGAGACGUUCUGAAGAAAGAUACGUUUUCACAGUCCGACAGCAGAGAAGCCAGCGGGGAACAGAGCAGAGAGGCUAGCGGGGAGCAGAGUAGAGAUCAGAGUAGGGACCAAAGCAGAGAUAUCAGUAGCAGGGAGCCUAGCUCGGAUCCCAGCAGACAGACCAGUAGGGAGACGAGCCGGGAUGCGACCAGCAAAGAGCCGAGCAGAGAGGCGAGCAGCGAAGCUCCGGCUUCCGAGCCGGCUAGACAGGACUCGGUGGAGCGUCCCGCAAAGCAGAACAGUAGAACGCGCUCGGAAUCGGACGAGGUGAUCAUCCUUCCUUCCGGUAUCGCCAGAGGCGUCACCUGGGCGGAACCGCGAGUCGCGAUGAUCCCGUCGAUGUCAUCGAGCAGCAGCACCCAGAGGUCCAUUCUAUUGGCCAUGCGAGCAGAAUAUACAAGCAUAACGGACGAAUUGGAGAGCUACUGCGGCCUGCUCAGUCCACCUAGAACGCCGCCCAUCUCGCCACCGCCGUCCAGGGUCAGGCAUCACUCUGAAAUGUCGAACGCGGAAAUGGCCUGGCAAAUCGAGAACGAGCAUCUGCGCGACGCCGAGGAGUGCGAUUACCAGCAGAUGGAGGAUUUGAUUCAGAGGAGGUACAUCGGAGACGACGAGGAGACCUUGCACACCUCCGACGAGGCGAGCGGCGGUCCGUUUUUCAUAUCGAACGAGCACAGGCACCAGCUCCGCCGAGCAUCCGCCAUCGACGAGGAGUCUCGAAGACCACCACCCACCAUCAGCGUCACCAGAGAAAUCGAACAAACGCUUUCUCGACCGCCGAUCCGCGAGCCCGAGAACUCCGACCCCAACGACAAAAAUCUGAGCACCGUACCUGCUCCGGCUUCGGAGACCAUGUGCUAACUUAUCGACUGCUACGAAUUUCGAAAUCAUAGCGUUCCCUCUGUAACUGUAACGUCCCCGUGACGCUUCCAACUUGACCGCCGAAGACGGACAUGCUCAGCUACGGAGGUAACGAGAUGUGCAGUACGCGCGUAAAGGUACCCUUGCUUGGUUCUGCUUGUGAUCGCCGGUCCAUCGCCGGCCAUUGUUCGACGCCAACAACAAAUAUAGCUGCUCGCCAUUACGGAGAUCACCGAAACGGACACAGUGGUGUACAUCUUAUCUGAAAUAAUUUAUUGUCGGCUCGCACAGUUAUACACGUUCUGUCUUUCCCCUUCUUUUUCUUUACAUUGAAUCUCGUUUUCUCGAAACUAGAAAAACGAACCAGAAAACGGUGCUUUAUAGUCAAACAAAUGAAUCGAGUUACUGGUUGUAUAGCAGCGAAUUUGAUCGACUUUAAUUAUCGUUAAUUUUUCUCCGAUUUGGCUCGAUUUUAUUCGAUUUUAUUUCUAUUGAUAUACAUAUCUUUUUACUCUUAUGCGAAUAGACCGAUUCCACGUUUGUUCCGUAUAUACUUUUAUAAAUUGUGCAUAACGCGUGUGCAUAUCCAUAGCAAAUAUGCGUGUACCGAUAAGAAGGCUAUUGUACUUUAUAAUGUUACAAUUAAUUCGGGUAUUCAGAUGUUGUUACAUAUUACGAUGAGUUUUUUCCCCUGUUUGAAUACUUACCACAUUUCUAUGUACAGAACGAUUCGAUGUUUUUAUCGAUUUUACAGACUAUUGAUCGACUUGUACAAAGUAUUUUCAAUUUCGACUUUUAUGCACGUCGUAUACAAUUUUAUCGAUUAUUUAUUAACGCGCGAUAAACGAUUCUGGAUGUAGAGAAUGUAGACGGUACGAUUACGAUACGCUUUCGAAUACUCGAAGAAGUUGGACUAACGCCAAUAAUACCAUACCACACACCGUGUUGUACGCUAUCGUUAGACUGUAACUCUUAAUUUGGAAUUUAACUGAACCGUGCAAACUUUCUGCCCAGCUGUACACACAAAGUGCACCUAUACAAUAUUUCUGUACAUAAACGUAUCGUAUAAUUAAGCAGCCAGUACGUACAAAAUGUAGAAGAAAGUAUCGCGUUCGCGCGAGCAUUUUACAUAACGUAGAUGAAUUUUCGCUCUGUA